CCAACUACUGGAGCUUUAAGACCAGGAGCUCCCGACACUCCCAGGGCUCCCAGCCUGGCUUGGCCGACCAAGCCAAGCUCUCCUUCGCCUCGGCCGAGUCCCUGGAAACGAUGUCGGAAGCGGAGCUGCCCUUGGGGUUCAACAGGAUGAACCGGUUCCGGCAGAGCUUGCCCCUGUCCCGCUCCACCAGCCAGACCAAGCUGCGAUCUCCAGGGGUCCUUUUCCUGCAGUUCGGGGACGAGACGAGGCGCGUGCACAUCACGCACGAGAUCAGCAGCAUGGACACCCUGCACGCCCUCAUCGUGCACAUGUUCCCCCAGAAGCUCACCAUGGGCAUGCUCAAGUCUCCCAACACCGCCAUCCUCAUCAAGGACGAGUCCCGAAACGUCUUCUACGAGCUGGAGGAUGUCCGUGACAUCCAGGACAGAAGCAUCAUUAAGAUAUACAGAAAAGAGCCACUCUACGCCUCAUUCCCAGCCUCACACAUCACCAACGGGGACCUGAGGAGGGAGAUGGUGUACACGUCCAGGGAAUCCUCUCCCACCCGCCGGCUCAACAACAUGUCCCCGGCGUCCCACCUGGCCUCGGGGUCGCCCCCGCCCGUGCUGCAGUCCUCGUCCCCGUCCCGCUCCCGCAUGUCCUACAGCGGGGGCCGCCCGCCCUCCUACGCCGGCAGCCCCGUGCACCACGGCGAGCGCCUGUCCAACCUGCCGCCCGCCCAGGGCGUGUCCCCCAGCCCCAGCGCCAUCCUGGAGCGCCGCGACGUCAAGCCGGACGAGGACCUGGCCGGGAAGAACGUGGUGCUGGUGAAGAACGAGGGGCUCUAUGCCGACCCCUACGGCAUGGUGCACGAGGGCCGGCUCAGCAUCACCUCCACGCAGUCCCUGGCGGGCAUGGGCGACCCUUUUGGCUACUCGGGGGGGCUGUACAAGCGGGGCUCCGUGCGCUCCCUCAGCACCUACUCGGCGGCCGCGCUGCAGUCGGAGCUGGAGGACGGUCUGUACAAGCCCAACGCGCCCAUCUACGGCGACACCUACGGCCCCGGGCUGGGCUUCCGCAUGCCCCCCUCGUCCCCGCAGAAGAUGGUGGAUGUGCAGCCGGGCCAGAGCCCCCACAGCCCCUACUCGGGGCCCCCCAGCCGCUCCUCGCCCGUCCGCCAGUCCUUCCGCAAGGAUUCUUGCUCCUCGGUGUUCAUGGACAGCCCCGUGGGCAAAACGCGCAACCCCAGCUCCUCCGGCCCCCCCGAGCUCUUCCCCGGCCCCGGAGAGCGCCCACUCUCAGGGUUUGGCUCCCCAGGGCCCGCCAAGGACACGGAAACGAGGGAGCGGAUGGAGGCCAUGGAGAAGCAGAUUGCCAGCCUGACAGGGCUGGUGCAGAGUGCUCUGCUCCGCGGCUCCGAGGCUGAGACCCCCAGCGAGAAGACAGAAGCCACCAACGGUGGGACGCCCCCAUCGGCGUCCACCAGCCGCAGCGGGGGGACCCCGGUGCCCGCGCCACCACCGCCCUCGGCCACCAGCACACCAGCGGGGCAGCCCACGGCCAUCACCCGCCUGCACAUGCAGCUGCACCUGCACGACUUGCAGCAGAACGCCAGCGACCUCCGCAACCAGCUGCAGCAGCUCAAGAAACUGCAGCUGCAGAACCAGGAGACGGUGAAGACGAUGCUGCGGCGGACGGAGACGGAGAUCAGCGUGCGGGUGACGGACACCAUGCGCAAGCACGAGGACCCUCUGCAGCGCCAGCGCAGCUUGGUGGAGGAGGAGCGGCUCCGCUACCUCAACGAGGAGGAGCUCAUCACCCAGCAGCUCAAUGACCUGGAGAAGUCCGUGGAGAAGAUCCAGAAGGAUCUGGCCCACAACCACCGGCUGAUCCCCGUGCAGGAGCUGGAGGAGAAGGCGGUGGUGCUCAAGCAGCUGGGGGAGACACUCACAGACCUGAAGGCCCAGUUCCCCAGCCUGCAGAGCAAGAUGCGGGUGGUGCUGCGGGUGGAGGUGGAAGCUGUGAAGUUCCUCAAGGAGGAGCCAAACCGCCUGGAUGGGCUCCUGAAACGCUGCAAGACAGUGACAGACACCCUCACCCAGAUCCGCAGGCAAGUGGACGAGGGCGUGUGGACCUCCCCCAGCAACCUCAGCCAGUCCCCCAAGAAGGUGGCCCCCGAGACAGACUUCAGCAAAGGGCUGGAUUUGGAGAUGCCCACCAGCCCCCCCGUGAGCCUGGGCAUGCCCAGCUUCGGGCACAGCCCCCCCCAGACCCAGAGCCACCCCUCCAAGAGCAAUAACCCUGCCCGAGCCCCAGAGAUGGUGCCCGCCAAGACCCAGACGGGGCCGGAGACGCCCAGCAAGAAGAGCGCGGACAAAGCUGUGUCCGUGGAGGCAGCAGAGCGGGACUGGGAGGAGAAACGGGCAGCGCUGACCCAGUACAGUGCCAAGGACAUCAACCGGCUGCUGGAGGAGACGCAGGCCGAGCUCAUGAAGGCCAUCCCCGACCUGGAAUUCGCUGCCAAGCACAAACAAGCCCCGGGCAGCGGCAGCGCCGCCUCCACCCCCGAGCACAAACCCUCCAAGCCGCAACACGCGCCCAAAUCGGGGGGCAAAGGGGACCCCAACGGCCGCAGGGGCUCAGACGAGCUGACGGUGCCGCGGUACCGGACCGAGAAACCCUCCAAAUCCCCACCGCCCCCCCCUCCACGCCGGAGCUUCCCCUCGUCCCACGGGCUGACCACCACCCGCAGCGGCGAGGUCAUCGUCACCAGCAAGAAGGAGCCCGGGUUUAUGAAGAAGGCCGAGUCGGAGGAGCUGGAGACGCAGAAGCCGCAGGUGAAGCUGAGGAGGACGGUGUCCGAGGUGGUCAGGCCGGCCUCCACCCCGCCCAUCAUCGCCUCGGCCAUCAAGGAUGACGACGACGAGGAUCGGAUCAUCGCCGAGCUGGAGGUGUUUCAGAGAAGCUCUGCCUGCCCUUUCCUCCCCAAGCUGCGUCACGAGGCGCUCGUGGCCGUCUCCCCCGGGCUGGCAGAGCUGUGGCCCAACGGAGCCUCCGUUGCAGCCCAAGGAUGGAAGAGCGGUGGCGUGUCCAUCCCGGCCAUGAAGGUGGUGAACCCGGCGUCGCGGCUGAAGCAGAGCCAGCAGGGCAGCCCCGACAAGAGCAAGCACAUAAAGCAGCGGAUGGAGUACAUGCGGAUCCAGGGCCAGCAGCAGGCCACUAGACCAUCUAAAGAGGCCAGUGAGACUUCCCCCACAGUCUCAGAAAAACCCGCAUCUGGCAGAACAUCCAUCCCCGUAUUGACUUCCUUUGGGGCAAGGAACUCCUCCAUCUCAUUCUGAGCAUCCUUGCCAGCUCCACCCAACCGCUCCCGGGGGGCCGGGCCUCUCUCUUCCUUGGGCUCCUCUUCCUCCCUGGGACUUGUUCUUCUUGAGGGCACCUGGAGGGAUCGCCACCUGUCCCUCUCUUUCUGUUUUAUCAAUGUCUUGCUCCACUGUGGCCGACCUCGUGUCUCGCCUCCGCUCCGCCACGGCCCGACUUGUGUCUCGCCUCCGCUCGCCACGGCCCGACUUCUGUCUCCCAUCUCGCUCCGCAAUGGCCAACCAGCCACUUUCUGUUUCUCUCUCUCUUUCUCUCCCUCUUUUUCUUUACUUUCUCCCUCUCCCCUUUCCUUUGGAAUCGCUGUUGGUUUGGUUUU